UUUUCCAACCAAAUGGGUGAAUUGUGGCUGUCUGUAUCGUCAAAGUGAAGUGAUGUCAGUAAAAAAAUGCUUCGUGAAAUGAUUGUUAAUGAAAUUAGCAAGUUUGUUUCAUUUUCUACAUCUACAGUGUAAAGAGUUUUUGGUUUGGUUUCUGGUUAACCUUCAAUAGUUUGACGUUUUCGCUUUUUCACGGCUUUGAGCGUUACUAAACAGAGAGCUGUCCGUGAGAGCGGAUGGAGAAAGAAAAACAGCGUUAUAUUUACACUCGAAGUGAGAACCGUGCAGAAAUGAGACGGAUUAUCGAAGGCAAACCGAAGGAAAUGUGUCAAACUUGUUGCUGAGAUUGCGAGGUUCCGUUAAGUGUCGCGAAAUCAAUUUACGAUUGGCCGCCGAUUGGAUUGCGAGCGUGUCAGAAAGUCAGGAAAAGCAACCGUCAAGCUGUCUUGGCUGGCUCUGAAAGUGCACAAACAACCGCGCAUCGCAGGCUGUGUGUUUGUGUUGCGUUGUGCCUCGAUCUGGCCCGGUGCCCGGCUCGAGUGAUCAGUGAGCAGUCAUCGCAGCGUGCUAUAGCAGCCCUUAUCAUCUGCGUCUGCUGUUGCUGUUUCGGUUCAGCGCCAAUCGUGCUGAGCUGAGGGAGUUAGCUUUCGCCGUCGUCGCGGUCGCCGGCAGCCAGCAAUCGUAGUCGGUUCAUCGUGGUCAGCAGUCACGCGUACGCAAGACUUCUGACUCAACUACAGGGCGGGAAACUUUGCGUUGGGUGAAUCCCGAAUUACUAGUUCUCGAGUGUUGCGGCUGCUAGUUUAGAGCUAGGAUUACACAAUCGCCUCCGACGAUUGACAGCCAAUCGGUGCGAGGACGAAACAAUAAUUAGUGAUUGAAGUUUAACUGACGGGUGGCGUACCAACGGAAAGGGAAAACAAAUUAAUAGUGAAGAUAUACAUUUUAAUUGAGCCAAUUAGCACUUUGUCGCUGUUGUGUUUUGUGCUGUGAAUUGCUGCGGGCGGUGAAACAUGUUGAACUCAAAAGGAGGCACCAGUGAUAGCAACGCGAAAGUGAAACCAGAAUACAAUGAGCUAUCGUAUCUGGUGACGAGACAGUGCCUGCAUCAGGAGGAAUUCAAUCAGCUGUCACAGUAUGAUCGGGUGAAACCACCGCCCAUCGAGUCGAUGGUCAACUCGGCCCGGGAGUUCCGCUGCCUGAACACACUGCUCAACUUCAUUCCCAUUCUGCGAUGGCUGCCGCAGUACUCGAUCAAGCGCGACCUAAUGGGGGACAUCACCGCCGGCAUAACGGUGGCGGUCAUGCAGAUCCCGCAGGGGAUGGCCUACGGUUUGCUGGCCGGAGUGCAGGCGAACGUCGGCCUGUACAUGGCCUUUUUCCACUGUCUGGUCUAUGCGGUGCUCGGUACGUCGCGGCACAUCUCGAUGGGCGCAUUUGCCGUCGUUAGUUUGAUGACGGCCAAGGUGGUGGCCAGCUAUGCCACCGUUACCCCAACGGAAAUGAUUAAUGGAACUACUAUCGACCUGCCACCGUUAGACCCUUCCGAGCCUCAAUACACACCGAUUCAGGUUGUCACCGCACUUUCGUUCGUUGUCGGAUGCUAUCAUUUACUCAUGAGUCUUAUGCGACUGGGAACUUUGUCGGCCUUGCUAAGCGAGCCGUUGGUUAGUGGUUUCACCACGGCAGCUGCCGUCCACGUUCUUGUAAGCCAAAUGAAGGAUCUGUUGGGAGUUACGAUCCCCCGCUACAAGGGGUCCUUCAAGAAUAUCCUAGCUCUACGCGAUCUUGCCAGUGAACUUCCGAACAGUAAUCUCCCCACCGUGUAUACCUCAGUGAUCGUUAUACUUUUUAUGAUCUUUAUGAACGAGUAUCUGAAACCGUGGUCCUCGAAGAAAUGCCAAUUUCCAAUUCCCGCCGAACUGAUGGCCGUCGUCGGUGGUACGCUGGCUUCGUACUUUAUCCGGCUGGGGCCGGAUUUUGCCGUGAAAUUGGUGGGAGAAAUUCCCAUUGGUCUUCCUGAACCGGAAAUGCCUCCUGUUUCACUGCUGAAACUGGUUGCCGUAGAUGCUAUUGCCAUAACCAUAGUUAGCUACUCGAUUGUAAUGUCUAUGGGACUGAUUUUUGCCCAGAAGGAAGGUUACGAAAUUCGAGCUAAUCAGGAGUUGAUCGCCAUGGGUACCACGAAUAUCGUUGGAUCGUUUUUCUCCUGCGUACCGACCGCUUGUUCGUUAUCACGUUCGCUUAUUCAGCAUCAAACCGGUGGAAAAACCCAAAUUACGGCUGUGGUUUCUUCGAUGCUUAUCUUGGUGGUCCUUUUGGUGAUUGGACCGUACUUCGAAACGCUUCCGCGUUGUGUCCUAGCGUCGAUUAUCUUCGUCGCGCUGAAGGGUAUGCUGUGGCAGGUGAAGCACAUCCGAAAGUUCCAACGGGAAGGAAGCUUGGAACUGUUUGUGUGGUUGGUGACGUUCCUGAGUGUGACGAUAAUCGAUAUCGAUAUUGGUCUGCUGAUAGGAGUCGUAUUUUCGCUUGUGGCACUGUACAUUAAGGGUUGGAAAUCGUACUACAGUCUGCUCGGAACGGUUCCAGAUACGGGAAUUUAUGUGGACAUCGCCAGUCAUCAGCGAGCCGAGGAGAUACCGCAUAUCAAGAUCUUUAAGUACUCUGGACCGAUUAAUUUCGCGAGUCGAGCGACCUUCAAGAAAGCUCUUACCAAAGAGGUUGGAGUCAGUCAAAAGUUGGUUGCGCGUGCAUCACGGUACGAGGCAGCUGGCGAGGGUGCUGGCUUGCAGAUUAUUAAAACGGUGAUUGUUGAUCUGUCCAGUGUUCCACACAUUGAUACCGCAGCCUGUAAGGUGUUCAACGAUAUCAAGAAAGAGAUGAACACGGUAGGAGUCGCCAUGUUGAUUGCCUGUCCGGCGGAUUGUGUCUACGAGACGCUCCUGCAUGCCGAGUCGAUUGGCGCCGGUGGUUUCCACAUCUUUCCGACGGUGCACGAUGCGGUUCUGUAUGCUCAGGGUACCGCGUCGGCGGUUUAGGGCGUUCCCUCCGAGGAGGUCACCACCACUGAUUUACUGAUGUGGUGGCGUUAAAGUGCCAAAGAGUUUGAUUUAGAAUGGAAAAAAUCUCAGUUUUACGCGGAACCGGUAGCGUCGACGCCAGUUUGUCGAUAAGAAACGUGCCUUUUUGCUAAGGGGGAUUAAGAUUUAACAAACGUAGAACAAACCAACGGGCAUGUUAUACAUGUGUUAAUUAUUUCUAAUUAACUAGCUAAUAUUAUGCAACUGGACAUAUUUUAAACAAAUACUUAGAACAGGUCUGUCUAUUUGUAAAGUGCACGUGAAUGGAAUUCGUGACGAAUUUGUUAUUAGCCUAAACGGAACGAUGUUUAGACUAGUAGUACUUAAGGCAAAAGAGUUAACUAUUAACUAUCACCCACGAGCAGUUGCCGAUGGACCAUAUAGAUUAGGCACCCGCACUGUUACUUCUCACGGUUUUUUUAUACAUAAAGUUAUAACGAAACAUAGCUAUUAGGUUAUUUGAGUUUAAGUGCAGCUGAACUUAUUAUGUUAGUUGCGUUUUUAUUGCAGAACAUUUUCUAAGUAGCAGCGAGUGCCGUAUUUUUUACGAUGAGGUAUUACAAAAACAAUAGCUAAAAUCAAACAUAAAACCGCGACUUAACGAGCGUAAAGCUAAGCAAUACACUUUGUCUGUUCAGAGU